AUGACUAGUCCUGGCACGAAGGGGUCGUGGCUCUCGCAGCCGAUGGUGAAGAGCGUGCUGGUGUAUCGCAACGGGGACCCUUUCUUCCCAGGGCGCCGUAUUGUCAUCCAUGAGAAGAAAGUGUCCAACUUCGAGGUAUUCCUGAAAGAAGUGACAGGCGGGGUGAAGGCACCCUUUGGAGCUGUGCGUAACAUCUAUACCCCCCGGGGUGGGCAUCGUGUCCGGCAGCUGGAUGAGCUUCAGAGUGGAGAGCAGUAUGUGGCUGGUGGCAGGGAAGCCUUCAAGAAACUCAACUAUUUGGAUAUCGGAGAAACAAAGAAAAAACCUGCCGAAGUCAAUAACGAGAUGAAACCUAUUACUCACAGUAGAAUCACUGUGUCAGCACGGUUUCGAAGACCACUCCAGGAGCCCUAUACUAUUUUCCUGAUUGCUAACGGGGACCUUAUUAGCCCUGUAGUGCGCCUCCUCAUUCCCAGGAAAACACUGAAUCACUGGGAUCAUAUUCUUGAAAUGGUUACAGGAAAAGUUACCCUCAGAAGUGGAGCUGUUCACAGACUUUACACUUUGGAUGGAAAACUUGUUCAGAAUGGGUCAGACUUGGAGAAUGGGCAAAUUUAUGUUGCAGUGGGUAGAGAAAAGUUUAAGAAGUUGCCAUAUGGUGAUCUGCUGUUUAGCAAAUCUACGACGAGAAGGCCACAAGGUUCCAAAGCCUCUGUACUACCUCCGAUUGUGGGAUCUCGAAAGUCUAAAGGCAGUGGAAAUGACCGGCAAUCUAAAUCUACCCUUGGAUCCAGUGACCCAGGAGAAAACAGUUCCUCACCUCAGCUUCUCAAAGGGAAAGACAAAAAAAGCCAGAAUCCAGAGGAUGCUGUGUCCAGACGACACUUUUCUAACAACUCUACAAAAGUAAAACAGACAGUUAGAGUAACAGCUUCCACAGGAAUCCUUCAAGAUAAUGGUCAGUGCUGA